AUGCAUUCAUCUUGGGCCAAGAAAGCAUCUUCCCUACCUUCCGACCGUAUCAAACCUUCAAAUGCCAAGUCACAGCAAGUAUCUUCAAAGGUCAAAGGAAAACAACCCGUCCGCGAACCCCCCAAAAGCAAAGAAAUCUGGAGAUUAGAAUUGCUGCUCGAUAGCGUGCAGAACUUGGUUGGCAAGAAGGAUCCGAAGGCAGGGUGUUUUUGUUUAGCCAGAGAGCACCCAUAUGUUUUUCCUGCGGCUUUAUACUCUGCUCCAUCAAUCUUCCACAAUACUCCUGUCCUUCCUGUCUCAAACCCCUAUGGCCACACGCCCAGCGCUGCGAGGAUCACCAAAGAAAUCGAAGACGCAGAACGCGCAGCUGAAGAAGCUAAGAAAGCCGCUGGGGCUUUCCCCGUUCUCUCCCUCUCCGGUCCAAUACCCUCCUUCCCCUCGCCCUCGCCCUCGCCAGUUCCAACCCCACCCAACAACAAGCCGUCCAGUUACAAAGUCAUGUCUUUGACUCAGAAGAAGAAGAACAACAAAGUCGUGGUUUCCUCAUACACUAGUACCCCUCAGCCACCACCAUCGAGCGCUGAGCGCUGA